GGGGGGGGGUUAAUGCCUUGUGGCCGUCGGCCAGCACUAGUGAUGGCACCAACUGGUACUGGCAGCCACCAUUUUCUGCUGCCACGGUAAUGCAAGUGUGUGUGUGUGUUGGGGUUUCUGUGCUAAUUUGAAGUCAUUCCCGGUCUGUUGGACUGCAAUGAUCAACUUAAUAAUGAGGAAUUUUCACGUUAUCAAUUUUGGCAGAAAGAUACCCAGCGUACAGACACUUGGAAGUUAAAUGUAGGGUCUAUGUAGUAUCUCGAGAAUCAUUUUAAAUGCAUUACCUAGUUAGGUUUCAGGACUUUUGAUUGACAUUAUCUGCUGGCUCGAAUUAAUUGUAAAAGUUAUCUUAGUAAGGCGAUUGAGCGCAAGAAGGCCUAAAUAGUAGUAGUAUUAGUAAGUAGUACCGAAACCAGACGGAAAUGUGUCGGUAUAUGUCAGGUUCAAACACCGAACUAUCUAUUACACAAGACAAUAAGCAAGGAAUCAGACAGAGACAGAGUUCAAUUUUGCUCAGGAGGAGAAACAUUUGGGGCCGCACACUCAGUUACAGUCUCCCACCACGCUCUAAGGUACAGCCCCACGCGCGCCUCUAUUUAUUCAGGAGUUCCAGAGUUAACAUCACUGAGGCUGCCUCCAAAGGGAGUGGUCACACAUAUCAUGCAAAGCAGCUCCAGCACGCACAAUACGUGACGGAAUGUGCUGGGAGCCUUGUGAUUGCCUUGUCUCUGCUUUGUCUGCGUGCUGUCGUCUUAUCUUCGUUGAGGUACUUGAAGUCCGUCCUUGGCUGUUUAGCAGGCUAAAACAAAGAAAACAUCUGCGGCGAGGCCACUCCUCAUAUGCCGUGGAAGAUAACAAGUUGUGUGCCGUUGCACAAAGCACAAAAGAGCACAAUGGAUAAGAACUAUAUCAACGGCCUUUAAAAAUAAGAGUUGUGUGAUAACUUAUAUAUAAUUAUCUGUUUUUAGGAACACUAAUACAAAAACAGAAAUAGGAUGACACGUCACUCGCUCAGGAAAUGCUAGUUGGAUAUAUUUGGAUGCUAUGAUGAGUGUGUGUGUGUGUGUUUGUGUGUGUGUGUGUGUGUGUGUGUGUGUGUGUGUGUGUGUGUGUGUGUGUGUGUGUGUGUGUGUGUGUGUGUGUGUGUGUGUGUGUGCGACCCCCAUUAGUCUCAUGUACACCCGCUUUAUCUCCAGUUAAAGUGUCCUUAAAGGACACUGUCACUUCCGCCACUCCUGAUCUUUUAUAACCUGUGGUCAGGCAAGGUCUCCGCUCCCUCGUGAUUGGUCGCGCCGGGUAGGGGGCGUGGCCCGGUUUGAUGCAUCACGCUCACACACCAUAUCAUACGCUCGCUCACUUUCUCUUUGACUCCCUCCCCCUCUCGCUCUACCUUUUACUCUGCCAGAGUGCCGACUGCAGCAGGACCAGCCGCCUCUCCUCCUCAGACAAGAGACUUGUGUAUUUUCCAAGAGGAUCUUCCCAGGGUUUCCUGGUUACAUUGCAGAGAGUGCAGGUUCACGCUGUCAGGACCCUUCCUCAAGCUUUUGGACCCAUCCCAGCCCAGCCCUUCAUCCUCGUCAGCUGUAGGAUGACUGCGCCUCUGUGCUGACGAGGCGUCGGCAAGUAGCAGUAAUGGGCGCUCUGCUGGCCGGCAUCCCCACAACCCCCUCAGACACCGCUCCGCCGCCGUCACCACCACUGCACCGCCCCCCCUGGACGGGCGCUCCCCUCAGCCCCGCCGAUGGGCGAAGACACUGACACGACCCCCACGCUUAACCACCCUGGCUUCCUCCCCGACCACAACUAUGUGACUGAAGGGCUGCUCCUGGCUAUAGCCUGAAGAGCUCCGCCCAUCCUGUCCACCCCUCUCCACCCCGGAGUCCUCCCCCAGGAUGUUGAGUCCCAUCCAGGUGCUGUGCUCCGACAUCACUACCCUUUCUCUGGAGCCUGAGCCGUUUGCCUCUUACACUGAAGCUGACAUCAUCUCCACUGUUGAGUUCAACCACACGGGAGAGCUCCUGGCCACGGGGGACAAGGGGGGCCGAGUGGUCAUCUUUCAGAGGGAACCUGAGAGCAAAACCGAGCUGUUCUCCCAGGGCGAGUACAACGUCUACAGCACUUUCCAGAGUCAUGAGCCCGAGUUUGACUACCUUAAGAGUCUGGAGAUCGAGGAGAAGAUCAAUAAGAUCCGAUGGCUGCCUCAGCAGAACGCGGCGCACUUUCUCCUCUCCACCAAUGACAAAACCAUUAAGUUGUGGAAGGUGAGUGAACGAGACAAACGGCCGGAGGGCUACAACCUGAAAGAUGAGGAAGGUCGCAUUAAGGACUUUUCCAAUGUCACCUCCCUACAGGUCCCCGUUUUGAAGCCCAUGGACUUAAUGGUGGAGGUGAGCCCACGGCGAGUGUUUGCCAACGCCCACACCUACCACGUCAACUCCAUCUCGGUCAACUCCGACCACGAAACCUACAUGUCGGCCGACGACCUGAGGAUUAACCUUUGGCAUCUGGACAUCACCGACCGCAGCUUCAACAUUGUGGACAUCAAGCCGGCCAACAUGGAGGAUCUGACGGAGGUGAUCACAUCGGCAGAGUUUCACCCCCACCACUGCAACCUGUUUGUGUACAGCAGCAGCAAAGGCACCUUGCGCCUGUGUGACAUGAGAGAGGCGGCACUCUGCGACCGACACUCCAAACUGUUUGAGGAGCCGGAGGACCCCAGCGCUCGCUCCUUCUUCUCCGAGAUCAUCUCCUCCGUGUCCGACGUCAAGUUUAGCCACAGCGGCCGCUACCUGCUCACCAGGGACUACCUGACCGCCAAAGUGUGGGACCUCAACAUGGAGAGCAAGCCCCUGGAGACCUACCAGGUUCAUGAUUACCUCCGCAGCAAGUUGUGCUCCCUUUACGAAAACGACUGCAUCUUCGACAAGUUUGAAUGUGCCUGGAAUGGCUCGGACAGUGUGAUCAUGACAGGCGCCUACAACAACUUCUUCCGCAUGUUCGACCGCAACACCAAGCGCGACGUCACCCUGGAGGCGUCGCGGGAGAGCAGCAAACCGCGGGCCGUCCUCAAGCCGCGCCGGGUGUGCGCCGCCGGGGGGAAGCGGCGCAAGGACGACAUCAGCGUGGACAGCCUGGACUUCACCAAGAAGAUCCUGCACACGGCGUGGCACCCGGCUGAGAACAUCAUCGCCAUCGCCGCCACCAACAACCUCUACAUCUUCCAGGACAAACUCAACUCAGAGAUGCACGCCUGAGACGGACGCACGAAUGUACACACACAGGUGGUUCUUCAGCCUCUGUACACACGGACCACAGACGUGGUUCUUCAGCCUCUGUACACACACCAGAGACGUGGUUCUUCAGCCUCUGUACACACACCAGAGACGUGGUUCUUCAGCCUCUGUACACACACCAGAGACGUGGUUCUUCAGCCUCUGUACACCCGGAUCACAUACGUGGUUCUUCAGCCUCUGUACACACACCAGAGACGUGGUUCUUCAGCCUCUGUACACCCGGAUCACAUACGUGGUUCUUCAGCCUCUGUACACACACCACAGACGUGGUUCUUCAGCCUCUGUACACCCGGACCACAGACGUGGUUCUUCAGCCUCUGUACACACACCAAAGACAUGGUUCUUCAGCCUCUGUACACACAGACCGGAGACGUGGUUCUUCAGCCUCUGUACACACACCAGAGACGUGGUUCUUCAGCCUCUGUACACACAGACCAGAGACGUGGUUCUUCAGCCUCUGUACACACGGACCAGAGACGUGGUUCUUCAGCCUCUAUACACACAAACCAGAGACGUGGUUCUUCAGCCUCUGUACACACGGACCACAGAUGUGGUUCUUCAGCCUCUGUACACACGGACCAGAGACGUGGUUCCUCUGUACAGACGGACCACAGACGUGGUUCUUCAGCCUCUGUACACACGGACCACAGACGUGGUUCUUCAGCCUCUGUACACACGGACCAGAGACGUGGUUCCUCUGUGCACACGGACCACAGACAUGGUUCUUCAGCCUCUGUACACACAAACCAGAGACGUGGUUCUUCAGCCUCUGUACACACGGACCACAGACGUGGUUCCUCUGUGCACACGGACCACAGACGUGGUUCUUCAGCCUCUGUACACACGGACCAGAGACGUGGUUCUUCAGCCUCUGUACACACGGACCAGAGACAUGGUUCUUCAGGCUCUGUACACCCGGACCAGAGACGUGGUUCUCUAGCCUCUGAGGACUGAAGGACCUCACAGAGGGAGAUAUGUUUACAUGUUCUUCUUUCCUUUCAGCCUCUUCUUUUCUUCCAUGUGUCUUUCACUUUGUUCUAACUUCUCGAUCACGUGACGAUGUCCCAGACCGAAUGUUCUUCUAACUUCUCGAUCACCUGACGAUGUCCCCGGACAGAAUGUUCUUCUAACUUCUUGAUCACCUGACGAUGUCCCCGGACAGAAUUCCCGUUAUCUCCUGCAGAUCUUCUGGCAGAUCCUGCAUUUUGUGCUACUUUUAACACGACGAAGGCGAAACCCUGCUGCAUGUCGGACAGAUUGCGCCUCUACUCGGCUGCCUUCAAACAUUUCCACCUGGCUGUACAAACGCUUGCAGCCGCAGGUAAACCACAGACGGCGGAACUUUCCUUCGCAUGUUUACUAAAUGCUGCACCUGCGACUGAACAGGAACCCGCUCAGUGAGAAGGAGAACCGGAUGUUUCCAGUCCAUGUCCAAAAGAAGCCUCAUUGAAGUCUGUAAGUUACAACUCAUGUUUUCUUUCUGAAAUCCAUAAAAGACUUGAUGAUGUGCCUCCAAAGUGACAGCAGAGAUGCUAUUUUCAUCUCCUUUACUUUGCUGCUGUGCAGAACUCUUUUCUUUUUUUAUGGCUUCUUUUCUUUCCCUUUUGGAAUACUGCAACAAAGAAACAGGUUUUCUUCGUGUGUUCACCAAAACUUUUUCUUUGCAUAUUUUUGUGUUCACGUAUGUUAAUAAUCUUUUAUUUUUGCUUUGAAUAAAUAUUUCAACACUUGCA